GGUUAGGGUGAGUCACUUAAUAAUUUUGUGUUUCCGACCUAGAUAGAUCGAUCGAUAAAUAGAUACUGUAAUAUCUGUGACUUGUGUGUGUGUGGGCCUUUAAGGGACGGAGCUUGGGAAGUGACUGUGCGACAUCACGAGCGAGAGCUUGACCAGGUGGUAGCUCGGUGUUAGGAGUUGAAAGUAUGUGAAUGUUGAUGUGGGUUGUGACCGACAGCAGCCCUCGUGUGAAUGUGCACUGUUGCCGUGUUCUCAUUAAUAAAGCAACUGAAGUGCAUCGGCGACUGUGUUUCUUCACCUGACGUGAUGACGUGACCAACCGUUUUCACAAGCUGGAUUUACUUGGCUGAGCUUCCAGACGAGGCUGGACCACUUCCAAUCAAAUCCGAUCAGAGAGUGGUCCAUUUGUCAAAUACUGUUUUUUUUCCCCACCCAAUUUCCUUCCAGAAGAAAACACAAGUUUAUGCCUGGCUGGCUGGAAGCUCCUCCCAGCGUCACAUGUCAGAAGAAGGAAGGUUGAGGAAUAUUCCGUGGCAUGAGCGGGACAAGUGAGGUGGUGGUUUCGGACUCGAUGGUUGAGCGCCCACCAUGGCCGACUCGGACUACGACUACCUGAUCAAGCUGCUGGCCCUCGGGGACUCUGGCGUGGGCAAGACCACCUUCCUGUACAGGUACACCGACAACAAGUUCAACCGCAAGUUCACCACCACAGUGGGCAUCGACUUCCGGGAAAAACGGCUGAUGUACACCGGCGCCAACGCUGACGGGGCCACUGAGAAGAAUUUCAGAGUCCACCUUCAGCUUUGGGACACGGCCGGACAAGAGAGGUUCCGCAGCCUCACCACGGCCUUCUUCCGGGACGCCAUGGGCUUCCUGCUCAUGUUUGACCUGACCAAUCAGCAGAGCUUCCUCAAUGUCAGGAACUGGAUGAGUCAGCUGCAGGCCAACGCGUACUGCGACAGUCCAGACAUCGUCCUUGUGGGCACCAAGGCCGACCUCAGGAGCAUGAGGAGCGUCCAGUCCAGGCAGGCCCGAGAUUUAGCUGACAGAUACGGCAUCCCCUACUUCGAGACGAGCGCGGUGACGGGCACAGACGUGGACAAGGCGGUGAGGACCCUGCUGGACAUGGUGAUGAAGAGGAUGGAGCAGAGCAUGUGCGGAGGGCACAACUUCCAGCACAAUGGCAGCACUGCAGCCCACCAGGUGCAGGAGGCCACUGUGUGGAGGAGGUGUGCCUGCUGACAUCAUCUUACCCGCCACACCAUCCUUUAUGCGCUUCAUUAGGUACACCUGCACCAUCUGCUCAGACCUGCAUCACAGCAUUCUUGCCUUUGCAAUAAUAAUAAUGCUCUUCAUGACAAAGGUAAUGUGUCAUUAUUAUUAUUAUUAUUAUUAUUACUAUUAUUACUGUGAAUGCAGAAUGUUUGAUGCAUCUCCUGUUGGAUCUCAUUACAUUGUGCAGGUGUACCUAAUGUUCUGACCGAUGAGUGUAUGUUUGCUUUAAAGUUACGACCUAUCAAUCCAACAAUGACCAAAAAAAAACAAACUCUGGGAGUCCCUGCGACUUUUUAUAAAUGUUAUUAAUCUGAUAAGUGGCAGAAAAUGAAUAUGAUGGGAGUUUUUAAAUUGUAAUACAACUUCUGAGUCAUAUUGCCUAAUGUUAGCGUCGUCUUAGCAGAUGCCAGCAAAGGGUAGCACUUUUUGUUCCAUUUAAGGCGGCGGUUCUCAGCUGGUUUGGUUGCGGGACCCACCAUCACCCCUGAGUGGCAAGCGGGGACCCAAACUGAGGACAUUUUUUAAUUUCUAACGCCUCAAAUAUCUUAUAUUUAAAGGGACCGUUUGCAGCCCGACACCAGCUGUGAGACGCUGUCUUUCUCUUUAUGGCUUCUCCAGCAGAUAUCUGCAGCUGUGUGUCGGACAGACGGCACGUUCAGUCCCCACUUGGUGUCCCCCCGCCCCUUCCCGACAUCGGGUCCUUACUGGGGAUGCUCCGAUCACUAUCGGCCUUCCAAAGCCGACGACAAAAAACGAUCGGCGUGUGGCAGCAACCCCAACAUGUCUGCUGCGUCACGUAGGGUUUCCAACAAAAUGAUGCAUCUCGUAUGGGAGCCGACAAGUGACGCACUUUGUCCCGUGUUGCCACGAGAAUCAAUACUCUGAAACCUCAACAGCUUCAGUUUGACAGCUUGACACAGGCUACGCCAAUCCAUGCCAGCGUGUUUGAUCACUCCCUUAUCAAACCUAUUGCCGUUGGACUUUUCUUGCAUCUGUGUGUACACGCCUUGCCUAGCCGUCACUGGCGGCAGCUAGCUAGCUAGCUAGCUAGAGUUAUCCGCCUAGCUUCUGGUCUUUGUGACUUUUUACCACAGUGACACUUUGUUUUUAAAAGCAAUGCAGUUAGUUGGGAGCUCGUUUUUGUCCCACGAGGAAGCUCGUCGAGUGGAUGUCACGUUCAUGGGGUACGUAUUAACUUUUUCAAGUGGCACUGAAUAAUUUUAUUUUCUUCCCAUUAUACUAAUCGUGCCUUGUCCUCAAAACACUAUUUGUGUGCGGUUGUUGAGUGAAGAUAAAGUUUGUCGUGUGUCCAGCCUUAGCCAGGAUGGCCCUGGCCAAUAGCAGUCGUCAUAAACAAAUUGAAAAUGGACAGCAAAUCCAUGUGAUUAGUUUCGGACGAUGUCACUCAUGGAUGAUUGGUAUGGGAAUCAGCAUAAUAAAACCCUGAUGGGGAGCGUCCCUAGUUGUUACAUUAUUCAUUUUUUUUGCCCAGCCAAAGACCCACGACCCACUGAAAACGGCUCUUGGACCCACCAGUUGAGAAUGACUGAUUUAAAGGGAGUCUUUGUAAAGUAAAAAAGAAACCAUUAAGCCACACGACAGCUACAAAGAAUAAAAGCAACAGCAAGUAAUAUCCCAUAUUUUCCCCUUUCCGCUAUUAGCCAUCAGCUAGCUAUUUAGCUUGUAGAGAACUUGAGAGCACUUAGCAUUCAUAGACAACAGCACUAGAUAGCAUAGUGACUAAUGCAGUUAGCAGGAUAAACAAAUAUUUAUUUGAUAAUCUAAAGCUAGACUAGCUCAUUUUCAGCCUUUGGGUGUUAAAUAAUCAGGUAAGUUUAAUCACUUUUGAGUCAUACUGCUUUCUGUUAGUUUCUUCUUUAGCAACAUUACUUUCCAACACAGAUAAACAUCGGUCAUUUAAGGGAUUUUCUGAAAGUAAAAAUUAAAGCGCAUCAACCUUAAGCUAAUACCUCAUACUGUAUAUUAGCUGUUAGCUAGCUAUUUAGCUUGUAGCCUAGUUUUGAGACUACAGUACUGAAUUUCAACAAAGUGAAUUUACGUCGAAGUUACGUCGCUUAUCUAUGAUGCCAUCAACGGUUGACUCAAAAAAUGUUGACAUAAAACACCUUUUUAUAGGUUUAGAAUUAUAAUAAUUAUAGUUUUACAUAUAUAAAACAAUUCAUAUUCUUAUUUUGUCGUGAGUCAUGUCUUGAUUUUAACAGUGUUUCUAACAUUCUUUAUCAAAAUGCUGGCACUUGCAACUUUAGCUCCAUUUUGGGCUACAGAAUUGAGCUGUCAAAACAGGAAGGUGUUGGUGGUGGUUGAAAUCGCUGCCACAUGUGUCUUGGGGACAGCACGUCAAGAAUCACGUCUUCAUUGAAGGUAAAAGUAAUCUUAAAUGUUCGUUUAUUUCAUUAUUAUUCAUUCGUUAUUCAUUUUCAUUCGUCAUUUAUAUGAAUUUAGAAUUGUUUUCUGUAUGUAAAACUAUAAUUGUAAAACUAUAAAAACGUGUUUUGUGUUAGCAUUUUUGAGGGUCAGUUGUUCAUGAUGUAAGGGGCGGGUGAUGUAACUUCUGGUUUUGGUUGCCAUUUUGUUUGUUAGCUAAUAGGAUGCUAGCAAGGAAAGACGUUUUCUGACUUAUAUGUAAUUAUAUGCAUUUCAAAUUGUUUGCUACAUGUCAGACUAUAAAAACGUGUUUUGUGUUAACAUUUUUGGCUUUCUGUAACAGAUUCAUUGGAUUUCCAUUGUUUCUUAUGGGAAAAAUGGAUUCAGUUAGCAUUCAUUUGGUUAGAGUCGGACCUUCUGGAAGGAAUUAAUGACUAAUCAAAGUUCCACUGUAUUUAAAAAAUGAAUAAUAAGUAAAAGCAGCUCCCCUUUGAUCGGCCACUUGGGGAAAAAAAUGCCGUUUUUAUUCCACAUCAAAUUAAUAUGCAGGCACAUAUUUAUUAUAGUAUAAUCCAAAAGCCACUGGAAGUUCAUAUGCAGAGAUUUGUUUUUUUUGUCAAAAACAACCCAGACAUUUAUGACUUGUUAUAUUAUGACAUGUAUACACAGACAUUAGCAGCCACGUUAACAGCAUUUAUUAUUAUGGUGUAACAGAUUAGCCAUGCAGACCAGGCAAAGUACAAGAAUGGCAACUGUUGUAGAAGCACUGUAUUGUCAAUAAAGUUAUUUCAAUGUGUAACUUAUGUACAGACGGUGGAGAAUUCUGAAAUACACUUGUACAUAGAGGCUGCUUGCUUGGCUGAUGUAAAUCUAUUCAAUAAUGUGGGCUGUGACAUUCAACAAAACAUCAACGAUGUCUUAACUUUUUUUUUUUUGCCUUACUUUCAUUUUCCUUUUCGCUUUCUUAAUUCUUACUUACAAAAGCAACAUACUGUACUCUCAUUUUGGCCAUUAUUACCAUCUAUUCGCGUCAAUAUCUUGUACAAACAUGCAGAAAAGUGUGUAUGGGGAGUUGUGUAGCUCGUCACACAGUAGAGCAUAGACCUCCGCCAAGGCCGAACAAAUCAAAAUACGUCCGCCGCAUGAUUGCAAAAUCAUAAGGCGGUGCUCCCUCUGCUGGAUCUGGUUUGUCACUGCACCACUUGGUCCUGGUGCAAGCAGACUGUAAUCAAAAAAGGUGAAAAUACUGGUUUAGGGGAGGUUUUUCAUGUGCUGGGUUUGGCAGAGGCAAAAAAAAAAAAAAUUCCAGAUAAAAGUCAGAAAAACACAAUUAAGUUCUAACGAUAUGACAAUAAAGUCAUAAUGCUACAAAAAUUAAGUUGUCAUAUGAUUUUAAAAAAGCAUACAUGGUAUUAAUUAGUCAAAAUAUGUAAACAAAAUGAUGGCAUAAUAUUAUUUUAAAUAUAUGUAUAUUAUAAAUAUAUAUUAAAAUAUGUCAUACAUUUUAGGGGAAAAAAGAGGUAGUGUUACAACAAUAAAGUUAUAAUAUUACCAUUUUUAAAAAGUUGUACUUUUGGGUAAAAGAGUCAUAAAUUUAGAGAAAUACAGCGGUGUGAAAAAGUGUUUGCUCCCUUCCUUUUUUUUCCCCUAUGUUUUUGCAUGUUUGUCACACUUAAAUGUUUCAGAUCAU